AUGGACCCCGCAAUUGUCGACCCUAUCAUUGUAGUUGAUAUCAUUCCUGGAGAGACCCCGGAGAUUGUCUGGAGAGCUUACCAAGAAUCACUCUUUGAUCAAUAUCUCACGCUCCUCCAUGAUAUCCAGCCAAACGACUUGGUUGCCCAGGGCCAUUCUUCUCGUAUUAUUGACAUCUCCGAGAUUGACCUACUCGAGGUAUUGGGCGGCAGAGGCUACUUCAAACGGCUGCAGUUUCAAGAUGCAGGGAAACUAUCAACGCUUGUCUUCAAAGGAUUUGAUAAGUCGAUCCAAGCGAUCGUCCAUCGUUGGGGAACUUAACAGAGUUCUGGAAACGCGAAGCAUAUUUCUUCAGAUAGCGGUCCACAUAUCUCUUUCUCUGCUUUAUACAGUCUCCCAGGUAUAGUUAAGGC